UCUGACCCUCCCGGGCUCCGUCCCGCCGCUUCCGUCGCGUCACGUCCGCGGGAAGCGGAGCGCGGAGCCGGCGCGGCCAUGGCGCCCAAGGGGAAGGCGGGCACCAAGGGCAAGAAGCAGAUCUUCGAGGAGAACCGGGAGACGCUGCGCUUCUACCUCCGCAUCAUCCUGGGAGCCUCCGCCAUAUACGCCGUGGUGAACCUGGUCAUCUUCUCCUCCGCCGCCUCCGCCUGGACGUGGGUCGCGUUCGUCUUCAGCUUGGUGGUCUACGGCACCAGCUACCGGUCCAUGAACUCCAUGGCAAAGCCGUCUUUCACAGACGAUGGCAGCCUUGCCGACGGGGGAAUUGACCUGAAUAUGGAGCAGGGGAUGGCAGAGCACCUCAAGGAUGUGAUCCUGCUGACAGCUAUAGUCCAAGUGCUGAGCUGCUUCUCGCUCUACGUCUGGUACUUCUGGCUCUUGGCUCCGGGGCGCGCUCUCUACCUCCUGUGGGUGAACAUCCUGGGGCCCUGGUUCACAGCUGAGUCCUCCCCUGCUGCUCAGGAGCCCAACGAGAAGAAGCAGCGCCGACAGGAACGCCGACAGAUGAAGCGCUUCUAGCCCUGGCUGAGGAUAGAUCAACACCCUCUCCCAUCUCCAUGCUGUUAUUUCAUCAGGGAUGUGACCAAAACCAAUCCAAAACCACCACAGUAGCUCUGUUGCCCUCUGUCACUGCUGCCAUUCUGCCAGAAAGGCUGCAAGAGACUUCCCCUGGUUGGGUCUUAGCACGGGCUGAGGCCUUUCUCCUUGGGCUGACAGGGGGGUGAUGCUGGGAUGUGUGUAAAUACCUUUUUAAAGCAGUGCUGUAUUGUGUUCAGCGUUGGGGAGUGCAAUGCUGGAGAAAAUAGUACAUUAAAGAGCAGAGUCUUAA